AUGGCGUCGAAAGCGAACGUCCGGGCGGAGAUAUUCGAGAAGCUCGAGUCGCAUCUCGUCAAGUCCAAGACGCAGGAUUCGCUCUCCUCCAAGGAGCUGUACGAGCUCGUCCGACUGACCGCGGCGUUCGGCAUCGAGGGUCUCCCAACGGACGUCCCGCGAGAGGAGUCCGUGAGGCACGUCCUCGAGCUAGAGCUCCCGCCGCUGCCCGCGCCCGCGCCGGCGACGUGCCGCGACAGCCUCGAGGACGCGUCGUACAUCCCCGGCGGCGCGGAGCGCGCGUCGACGCCCGCGCCCAAGGCGCGCGACCGAGCCGAAAGAGCGAUACUCGAGCGAUACUCGCUGCACUCGUCGCCGCAGCACUCGCGCGCGCACUCGUUCGCGGAGAACGGGAACGCCGCGGCGGAUCAUCACCGCGAUUACCACCGCCAAAAUCUCCCGUCGAACCUGGGUGGGGUGGGACGGGACGACGCGGCGACGCGCGACGACGGCGACCGCCUCGACCAAAACCAAAACCAAAACCACGCGCGUCGGGAUUUGGAUCGGGAUCGGCGGCGGGAACCCCCCGGCUUUCCGCGUCGAAGAAGCGCCAGCGUCGAGCGCCCGUCGGCGGCGGCGGCGCCUCUCCCGGCGUGGGGCUCCAACGCGGGCGCGCGCGAGCGCGAGCGGCGCGAGCGCGACGCGAGAGAGCGCGAAUGGAGGGGCGACGCCGACGCCGACGCGCGCGCGGCGAGGGACGCGGCGGCGGCGCGCGCGGAGGCGCGACGCGCCGGGAGAAGCGCGUCGGCGCCGCGGCGGCAGCGCGGCGAGUGGGCGCCGCCGCCGGAUAAACCGAAACCGUCGUCCGGCGGCCGUUCGACGACGCGGAAUAUGGAACGUCAACCGACGCGCGGCGGCGCGACGCGGUUCUCCUCGACGUCCGGGGCGGGCGGCUCGGACGCCGCCUCCAACGCCUCCGCGGCGGCGGCGCGCCGCGGCGAGCCGGUGGAGGACCGACUGCACCGCGACUGGGUCAUCAAACAAGCGCGCACGGCGGCGAAAGAAGAGCAAGAGCGCCGCCAAUCGCUCGCGCUCGAGAAACAUAACUCCCGCGUCGCGUCGCGGUCGCGGCGCGAGCUCGAGGCUGCGGGGGAGAACUUGUAUCGGCAAGGGAUGGCGAGGUCGGCGAGAAGGGAAGAGAUGGCGAAGACGGAUUAUCUCACGACGCCGCGCGGGAUGGGCGGGGACGAAUCGCUUCGCGCGAUCGGGAUGACGAACGUGUCCCGGGUUUUGAUGGGCGGCGCGAACGCGCGCGGCGGAUUCAUCGCGAGGCAGGAGCUGUUCGAGAGGCGCAGACGCGCCGCCGCCGCCGCGGAGGCGGAGCGAAGGCGCGUCGAGACGGAAGAGGAGGAGUCGAAGCUUCACAAGCCGCGGAUAUCGAACAUGGCGAGGUCGAUCGACCGCACGGUGUUCGACCUCCAGGCGUGGCAGGAGAAGAAGCGCGCGAAGGUGGAGGCGCUGCACCGGCGGAAGAUCGCGGAGGAGGAGCUCAGGGAGUGCACGUUCGCGCCGCGCAUCUCGAACGCGAGUCGGAGGAUGACAGAGGGGCGAAAGGUGCGGGCUGGCGCCGACGCCGCGGCGUUCAUUCAGAAGACCAGAGCGUCCGCGAAAGCGGCGGCGCAGAGAGCCGCGGAAGUGGGCGCGCUGGAUCCGUCGCUCACGCGCGAGUUCGCGAAGUUUCUCGAGCGGCGGCAGGUGGCGGCGAAGGCGCGCGAGGGCGGCGUCGGUGCGUCGGCGGCGCUCUCUGGGCGGCGAGCCGCCGCGUCGAGCGCGACGGCGAACGCCGCGGACGCCGGGCGGAAGAAGGAAGGCGCACCCCAAGACCCGAGCGCGAUGCUCAUGGCUGUCAUCUUCCCGCGGAACUCCGUCACGCGACGCGACGACGACGACGACGACGACGACGACGACGACGACGACGACGACUUCGACGAGUGCCUCCCCGAGGGCGAGCUUCGAUCGGCGGCGGCGAAAAAAAUGUGGCGCAUCGGGAACACGAAAAUCAACGCGUCGACCGCGAUCGCCGCGGCCGUGGACCAGUUCCACGACGCGAGGGAGGCCCCGGAGGACGCGACCGGCGUCGUCGCGACCGCCGCGUCGCUCUCGGACUUCGACGACGGCGCGUCGUUCAGGUCCGCGUCCACGGCGAGCACGCUGAGGCCGACGGCGUUUUUCCAACCGAAGACGUACGCGGCGCCGACGUUGAACUCGUCGGGGGUGUCCCCCUCGGACCCGGACACGACGUUCGCGCCGAAGAUAACGGCCAAGGCGAGUCAGUUACGACGCCCCGGGAACGUCGGCGACCGGUUGUUCUACAACGAGAAGCCGAGCGCGAGGAGCCGCGCUGGAGCUGUCGCGACGACGGAGAAGAGAGCGCGGAGGAAGGUCACGUCAGAGGACGACGCGAGGACGGCCCUCGACGCGCUGUACGGCGGCGUCAGCGCGCACCCGAGGGUGAAGGCGAUGUACGGCGCGAUGCGCAACGCGGCGACGCCGCAGGCCGGGACGGGCACGAAGGUGUACCAGCCUGGAUCGACGCGGCCGGCGUCGGCGCCGCCGCGACGACCGACGACGACGACGGCGGCGGCGCCGCCGCCGGCGUACCUCCCGUCGAAAGCCACCGUCGUCGGCGCGAGCGGGAUGGAAGCGGGCGGGCACUGGUGGGGGAUGGAGAACACGCGCGGGCUCGGCGGGUGGCAGGUGGGCGGGUCGUGGGGGGCGUACGGCGGCGGCGAGGCGAUCGGCGGCGGCUCGGCGCCGGCGUCGGCGUUGAAAGUCGGUCAGGGCGGCAGGAAACUCGGCGCGGUGCAGAGCGCGAUGGCGACCGCGUACGCGCUCGCAUCGCCGACGCCGUCGCCGCGACCGUCGUCCGCGAUCGCGCGAGCGACGCCGAGGGAGGAGGCGACGCCCGCGGCUUCCGCCGGAUACGCCGCGGAGACGUGGAACGACCUCCCGGGGCCGUCGCAGUUUAUGAAGAGCGCCGCGCGGGGCGCGGACGCGCGGCGGGCGUGGAGAGACGCCGAGGACGGCGCGAGGGCGGCGCCGACGACGAGCGCGGGUGGGUCGCUGAGCACGCUGCCGGGGGGGACGCAGUUCGUGAGGGACGCGCUGAGCGCGGACUCGCCGGGGGAGGAGGUGCAGAGCAGGACUCCGGCGGCGGCGGCGGCGGCGAAGCUCGAACCCAAACCCGAGCCCGAGCCCGAGCCCGAGGCGGACGCGAGCUCGUGGUGGGGCGGCGGAGGCGAUGCCGCGUCCACGUUCGUGUCCGGGACGGGGAAGCGCGCGGACGGGAAGACGGACGCGCAGAGAGCGGGGAUCAAGCUCUCCUUGUUCUAGGAGGACACUAUCAGAUAGUUUAUGAGCCUCGCUCGCCGACGAUGCAGUAGUCGUUAAUAAGUUGAAGUUUAAGUUAACGUCGGUUAACCUCC